AUGAAGAUAUUUGUCACCAUACAUGAUGAGGGGAUGGGCUUUUUCAAGCAUUGGAAUCUUUUUGUUGAUGGGGAGGAGCCAAUCGCCUUUCAAGCCUUAGGUUCCGACAAGAAUUUCAGAUUUGACGCCCGUAACUUGGAUACUCGCAAUUCCAGAAGUGUGGUCGAAGUUCUUCUCAUCUGCGACGUUGACGCAUCGAAGUACGACGCAAUCAAAACCACCGCUGAAAACAUUCCUAUCCGAAAUGAUAUUCCAGUUUGGAAUUGCCAGGACUAUGUUCUUGACCUUCUUCGAAAGCUUGUGGAGGAAGGGAUAAUCAUGGAAGAUGAUGAGUAUAGGGAAAAAUAUAAACAACUCUGUUCCAAAUUGGAUGGCUUAGUCUGA